AUCCCACGGGGCUUCUCCCCGUCCUGGGCUGUGCGGGGAGCGGGAGCGCUCCGCAUCCCAUGUGGCGCUCUUGGAGCAGCGACUUCAGCCUGGAAAUCUCCCGGAGAGCCCAGAGAUACUGACAAGGAUCUUGCUGUAAUCCACCCUGAAUUUUUUUUAUCACACUGGACACAUCACAUUAAGAGUCCUUAACCAUGGUAGACAAUUUUAAAGGCUCUUUAAGGCUUCUGAGCUCCAUUGUGGUCCUUGGAUUUCAGCUUGUCAUUCCACAGCCCUCCAUUGAACACAGAAAGGUUCCACAGAGGAUAGGAGAGCAAAGUGCUGCCACGGAGGACGACAGCGCAGGAGCCCCGGGGGCAUGGGGCACCUGGGGGCCCUGGUCGGCCUGCUCCCGAAGCUGCAGUGGCGGUGUGAUGGAGCAGACGAGGCCCUGCCUCCCAGGAUUCUAUUACGAGAGGAGCCACCGCAGGCCUGGGCAGUUCCCGACCUCUGAAAGGACUCUUGCCCACCAGCCUCUGCACCGACACGAAGACGUGCUCAGUCCGUUCUCUGGGCACAUCAUCUCUGCCAUCCGUACGUCGGUGCCUCUUCACCGGACCGAAGAUGGGCUGCGAGCCGGACUCCAGGCCAGAGCCUCCUCCGAAGGGCGCAACGCCAGCCACUUGAGCAGGGGAGCCUUGAGAGGCCGCCGGCCCUCACAGUCCCGGAGGCGCAGCCCCAAAGCCGAAAGAAGGCGUGUCCUGAGAACAGAAACAUCAGGGAGUUGCAGUGCUCCUCCUACAACAACAAGCCUUUCAUGGGGAGAUUCUAUGAGUGGGAACCUUUUGCGGAAGAGCAUUGGAUGUGAUGACUAUCUGGGCUCAGACAAAGUGGUCGACAAAUGUGGGAUAUGCGGAGGGGACAACACAGCUUGUCAAGUGGUCUCAGGGGUCUUCAAGCACACUCUGACCAACCUUGGCUACCACAAGAUAGUAGAAAUCCCAGAGGGGGCCACAAAAAUCAACAUUACAGAAAUGUCCAAGAGCAACAAUUACUUAGCACUGCGGAGUCGAUCAGGGCGGUCUAUUAUCAAUGGGAACUGGGCAAUUGAUCGACCUGGGCGAUAUGAGGGAGGAGGAACAAUGUUCACCUACAAACGCCCCAAUGAAAUCUCAAGUACUGCAGGGGAAUCCUUUCUAGCAGAUGGCCCAACAAAUGAAAUCUUGGAUGUCUAUAUGAUUCAUCAGCAGCCCAACCCAGGUAUACAUUAUGAGUACAUCAUUCCAGGGCCCAAUGUCAUCAGCCCUCAGGUGCCUCUUCAUCGACGGCCAGGGGAGCCAUUCAAUGGCCAGUUGGAUGUGACAGAGACAGUGAAUUAUGAGGAGAAGGAUUUGCACGGGGAGACAGACACUCACAUGGGGCAGCCUGUGGGGACCUUUCCGGUGAUCCAGCCAGGAAGGUUUCCCUCUCACCAGCCAGACAACCAGGUGCCUGCUGGUCAGCCAGCAAGACGCAGCCGAGAGCACAACUGGAAGCAAGUUGGAAUGACUGAAUGCUCCGCCACGUGUGGGAAAGGCUCACAGUAUCCUGUCUUCCGCUGCGUCAACCGAAAUAGCCAUGAGGAGGUGUCUGAGAGUUACUGUGACACCAGCACCAAGCCCACCCCGGAAGAGGAAGCCUGCAACACCUUCCCAUGCCCAGCCUUCUGGGAUAUAGGGGAGUGGUCAGAAUGCAGCAAGACCUGCGGCCUCGGGAUGCAGCACCGCCAAGUCCUGUGCCGGCAGAUCUAUGCCAACCGCACCCUGACGGUCCAGCCACACCGCUGCCACCACCUGGAGAAACCAGAGACCACAAGUACGUGCCAGCUGAAGAUCUGCAGCGAAUGGCAAAUUCGGACAGAAUGGACAUCGUGCUCCGUGCCAUGUGGAGUGGGUCAGAAGACACGAGAUGUGAAGUGUGUCAGCAAUCUUGGAGAUGUCGUUGAUGAUGAAGAAUGUAACAUGAAGCUGCGCCCAAAUGAUAUUGAGAACUGCGACAUGGGGCCUUGUGCAAAAAGCUGGUUUCUUACAGAAUGGAGCGACCGGUGCUCAGCCGAAUGUGGCUCUGGUGUCCGGACACGCUCCGUCAUAUGCAUGACCAACCACAUCAGCAGUUUGCCACUGGAGGGCUGUGGACACAACAGACCAGCAGAGACCACACCCUGUGACAAUGGGCCAUGUUUGGGGAAAGUGGAAUGGUUUGCUGGAAGCUGGAGCCAGUGUUCCAUUGAAUGUGGCCAUGGAACUCAGCAGAGAGAAGUGAUUUGUAUCCGAAAAACUGAAAGCAGCUUUGACAUGCUGAGCCACGAGGAGUGCUCAUUUCUGGAGAGACCUCCCAACCAGCAGACCUGCUACCUCAAGCCUUGCGGCGCUAAAUGGUUUAGCACUGAAUGGAGCACAUGCUCAAAGUCCUGCGAAGGCGGCUUCCGAGUCCGAGAGGUGCGAUGUCUCUCCGAUGAAAUGACGCCCAGCAGCAGAUGCGACUCCCAGCUUAAACCGGAAGAGAAGGAGCAAUGCAACACUCAAGACUGCAUACCCGAAAUAGAUGAAAACUGCAAAGACAAAUAUUACAACUGCAAUGUUGUCGUGCAAGCCCGGCUGUGUGUCUACACAUAUUACAAAACAGCGUGUUGUGCUUCGUGCUUGAGAGUGGCCAACAGACAGUCUGGGUUUCUGGGGCGCAGAUAACCACGGCUCCAUCGCUGGCAUCGCUGGACUUCUGCCCAGUCAUUUGUGGCUGCUUGGACUGAAACAGAGUCUACCUUUUAAGAAGAGAGGUUUCCCCAUACUGGCGCACCCCUUGAGGGUGUGCAUGCUUCUGUGAUAUCACUAGCACACUGUAUAGGAACCCUUUUGGAAAUGUACACUGUAAAACUGGUUUUUUUCAAAACAGCAUUCAGCACAGCGAAGCGAAAGCCCGUCUUGGGAGAUGUAAGGAACUGUCUCAGGCAGAAUCAAACGAAUAAUCCAUGCAGGGACAGUAGGGGUCAAUGAAGGCAGCAAUCCUGUACCCACCUACCUGGAAGGAAGCCCCAUUGAACUCAGCAGAACUUACUUCCAUUGCAUAGGAUUGCACUGAGAAAAUCCCAGAACAUUGAGCUUGACCAGCAUCAAACUCUUCCUCAGGACCAUUUUCCUUUACAUAAUACUUCUAUGACACCUAAUAAAAAUGUUGGAAACCUUGCUAGUAUCAAGGCAGAGCUUCUAGUUCCUGCUUGGACAUAAUAAAUGAUUCCCACCAGGAUGAAACCAGUAAUGACAUUUUCUGA